GGUCCUGCCGUUGCCUAGAGACCCGUUGUUAUUGUCGUGCAUGUUUAGAGUGUAUUUUCUGGAACUAAACGAGGAAUUCUGUUGAAACAGCGAUGAUUUUCUCGUCUAUAAUCCAGCUGUAAAAGCGAACCAAUUUGCUAUCGGCCUUAAAUCCAUCUUCGAGUGAUUAUCAGAUAUUACUGAACAAAAAUAUCGAUUUUUUUCGUGUGUAAAAAAGCAGCUUGGCUAACAUAAACACGCUAAUCGACUAAUUAUCCAGCUAGCCAAAGUCAUAAUACCGUCAAGUUACUGUAUCUUUUAGGAAAGAAUCGUGACUAUUUGAUGUAAUGCUAUAUAACUAUAUGAUAUUAAUAUGGUUCGAACGCGUUUGAUGGAGUAAAGCUGUUUCAGCUGUCUGGUCAGCUGUCUAUAUAAUCCCACUGCAGUAAGAGGCUCAGUGUUUAAACUCUUGUAGUCUUUUGUCUUACAAUGGACGCAGGAGGCAUUUCUGAUCUGGAUCUGGAGAAAUAUGAUGCUGACGAGCAGGUUAAAAUCAUCUGUCUUGGAGACAGCGCUGUGGGGAAAUCCAAGCUGAUGGAGAGAUUCCUUAUGGAUGGAUACCGGCCUCAGCAGCUGUCCACCUAUGCUCUGACUCUGUACAAAUACACCACCACCAUCAACGGGAAAACUAUCCUGGUUGAUUUCUGGGAUACUGCAGGACAGGAACGCUUUCGAAGCAUGCAUCCCUCAUACUACCAUAAAGCUCAUGCCUGUGUCAUGGUGUUUGAUGUACAGAGAAAAAUCACUUAUAAGAACCUCCCAAAUUGGUACAAAGAACUGCGAGAGUACCGACCAGAGAUCCCAUGUCUGGUGGUCGCCAACAAGAUAGAUGCUGACAUGAAGGUUACCCAAAAGAGUUUCAACUUUGCUAAGAAGCAAGGCCUGCCCUUCUACUUUGUAUCCGCUGCUGAUGGGACCAAUGUGGUGAAGGUUUUUAAAGAUGCCAUUCAGAUGGCUCUGUCCUACAAGAUGAAUUCCAACGACUUUAUGGAUGAAGUUAUGAGAGAGCUAGAGAACUUCAAUUUAGAAAACAAAGAAGAAUCAUCAGAUAAAGAUGAAGAGACACAAGAAGGAAAAACCGACUCAGCAUGACCGGAAGUACUCUUUCUCUCUACGCUGCUUCUGGAGUUGUACUGAUGUUGUUCCUCAAAUCAUGGCUGUCCUCUCUCUAUCCUGAGCAGCUACAGAUAUUCUGGAAAAACUACCUCACACCACUGCUAGUGUAUGCUCUUGAUCCUAAAAGAAGAAUAAAUUAUGAUUCUGUGAAUGUGAAAAUUGAUAUGAUAAUAGAAUCAGAAAAACAUUAAAGCAGAGACUAAUUUUGAAUGGUUGAUUCUCAUGAAACCUGUCAAGGAAAUAUUCUGGUCCGAUUGUACUUUAAAAUCAAAAGAAACACAUACAAUUUAUUUAUUUUUUGCAAAUAGAAAAUGUAGCCUACUUUUAGGGCCAUGGAGAUUUUUUUUACAUUGUGACAUUAUUUCCAUGACAGUUCUGCAAUGCAAAUUUUUUCUAUUUAUUAUUAUUAUUAUUAUUAGAAUUGUAAGUAUUUAUUCAUGAUAGUAGUAAUCCCUUGGUAUUACCUUUAAUUUAGCUGAUUUUUACAGUAAUUGUACUGCAUUUUAAUAUAGUAAAUUACUGUGUUUAGAAGGAGAAUCAUCAUUGAAAACAAUGGGAAUAAUAAAAGUAAAAUAUCCAGAUGUGUUACAGUAAUGACAACAGGGAGGUUAAAUGUGCUUAAGUGCCCUGAAACUAUUGUUACAAUGCAAAAAAGAUCUUCAUAAUGGUCCUAAAUGUAGCCUUCAUUUUAGAUAUAUUAUUUCAUUUCUUUUUUUUUUUUCUUUUUUUUUUUUUUUUUAAUUAAUUCAGGCUUAAAUAUGACCAGGACAUUUUCUUGACAGGCUUCAUGAGGAUUACACAAAUUGUGAAAAUCUGUACUGAAUGUAACCUGAAAUUUUAAAACCCUUUAAGCUCGGAUGGGCCCGUGAGAAAAAAUAGGUUUCGUUUGAAAGCUUAGAAGCUCUACUUUCCAAAGCAUGCAGGCAUUAUGAUCAAAACUGAACAAGUGCUUUGAAAUUUGCAGACAAUCAGAAGUGUUCUGUUUUGAUAAUUUAUAAAAACAAUUGCACUGUACAUAUUAUUGUAAUCGGUAAAAACAUAAAACUGAUCAAAUAGCCAUGUGUCAUAUGUUGUUGAAAAGCUCUCAAAGAGUAGAAUACAACUAGCCUAUUUGUUUUACUUACAGAUAAAAAUAUAGUGAGUAAUAGCUAAGUAUAUGACUUUGACAAUUAUGUUGGUGUUGCUUAUAUGCCGCGUUUUCGCUUAUAACUUCACAAAAAAUAAAUGUAACAUAAAAUAUCACAUACCAUUACUUAGAGGAGGUGAUUAUCUUUCAUAUUAGCCCACACACAAGGUAACCGGUUGCAUAGAUCGUUAGAUAAUCUACACAAAGCACAAUGUUACAUAUGGCCACCAAGAGAUGGCGCCACACAGACUCGAUGACUCAGAUGGCACAGAAUGAAACUCAUUCUGUGAAAUCUCAUUACUUAAAUCAUGUCAAAAUAUAUUUUUAUUUUUCAGCAGUUUCUUAGGCUUUGAGUCUUAGAAUGUAUCAAUCUAUAUCAAUAAAAAAAAAACUCCUUGUUUUUUUAAUUUUACAUUUUUUAUAAGCCUUUAAUUUUGGGUAUACCACUGAAAAAGGAAAUCUUUAUAACACCUUCAGAGCUUAAAGGGUAAUAAUAAUAGUUUUGUUUUUUUCUGCUAGGAUUUAAACAUGAAAUAUUUAUGAGCAGCUCAAAUUUAAAAUGAUGUUACAUUUAAAAAGGGAUUUUUGAGAUUAUUUAAAAAGGAUUAAUAGUUUGAAACAAAUGGACACUGAUGAAGCUCACCAUUAUGAAUAAAGAAUUUAAACCUUGUAUUAGGGUAGUUAAAUAUGACAUUUCAAGCAGCUCGUAUUGAGAGACUACAUGGAAUAUUUGUAGUUUUUAGAAAUCUGUUUGUCAAAUUGCAGGACCAUUUCAUUACUGCACCUAUAAUAUACACUUGCCCAGGACUAGAGUAUUGCACAAACAGUGUUGCCUUUAUCGUAGGUCUCAAACACAAAUGUUGUUCUUUUGCAGUCACUUGCCCAAAUAACUUCUCAGGACUAGACAAGACAGCAGCCAUGAUGUAAACACACAGCGUGUAGUAUACAUAUGAAUGUGUGUUCGUCCAAAUGAAAGCAGGGGCAAAGAAAACGAUUCAGAGACUAUUUUUGAAGGUCCCUGGCCUUUAGUAUCUGUCAGGUUAUAAUUCCAGUCGUGAAUCACUAUUGACUUUUUGUCUUUUAAUUUAAAUGAGGAUGAAUGGCAGACUAGAGCAAAUAAUUAUACUGUGACUGAAGCUUCUCUGUGUUGUGCAGCUUACAGACUUAAACUGGCUCUCAUUGGACAUCUCAAAAGAGGUCAAAUCAACAUUAAGGCGUCUGUUUGGCGUGUCCAUUAUUCUAUGUGACACAUUUAGCAGACAGAGCUGAGCCUUUUCUUUUUGUCCAGUGAGACCUUGUGUCAUGGAGACCAGUAAUAUUUCUUUGAAGAACUGUUAUGCAUAAUGCACAAACUGUGUAAAAGAUCAUUUUUUUACCUUGGUACGUGUUUUAUGUUUCGCACAAGUGCUUUAUAUAUCAAAAUACGUCCAUGUUGGUGAAUUGAAAUAGAAACGGUUGUGGACUGCACAUGAAUGUAAUGUGUGUAUCUGAAAUGAGUCAUUAGUAACAAAAACUUGCUCUAAGCUUCUGGUGUUUUCAUGCAACAUUAUGUACAAUGAAUAUAAAUGAAUAUGUUAAUCAUGAUUAUCUUCUUGUCCUGUGAGUUGAAUGUGUGUAGAAUUAAAGAAUUAUAAAUCA